AACAGCAACAACAACAGCAACAUUUUAGGGAUCACCAACAGCAACAACAACUAACAAUGGCAGCCGCCUCGCGCAUGGCGUAUUUCAAUGCACACGCAGCUGUGGCCGCUGCCUUUAUGCCCCAUCAGCUGGCCGCUGCAGUGCAUCAUCAUCACCAUCAUCCGCAUUCACAUCCGCAUUCGCAUCCGCAUACGCAUCACCAUCCGCAUCAUCCACAUCAGCAUCACACGCAACAGCAGCAGCAGCAGCCGCCUCARCCGCCGCCGCCGUUGCCAGCAGCAAUGCCAAUGCCACCGCAUCACCCGCUGCUGCAUGCGCAGGGAUUUCCGCAGCUGAAGAAUUUCGCUGGCACCGGAACAUGUUUAACGGGUUCGUUGGCUGCCAAGGACUUUGGCAUGGAUGGCUUAAAUGGCUUCGGUGUUGGUCCCGGCCUGGGGCCCAAUGGCAAAAAGAAGAAGAAGAAGCGUCGGCACAGCCGCACCAUAUUCACCAGCUACCAGCUGGAGAAGCUGGAGGAAGCAUUCAAGGAGGCCCAUUAUCCCGACGUCUAUGCCCGCGAGAUGCUCUCACUGAAAACGGAACUGCCGGAGGAUCGCAUACAGGGAAGCAGCUCAAGGGCCGAGGCACUCAGCACAGACUCAGCCGAAGACUUGACUUGCAGUGCGUCGACUGGAGGGAGGCUGUGGUGCUCAGUCGGGCACUACCGCUAA